AUGAUGGCAAAAACAACAAGGUCGAAGGGGGAGGGGAGAGGAAGUAGAGACGGUAGUUGGCGGCGAGGAGCUACUCUGGUAGCCCCCUCGUCGAUUCUUUCUUCUUUUUCUAGCAACAUAUCUCAAAGAUGGAGGCAAAGAGAGACAAAUCGGAGAAACACAACAGGUAAAGGGUGUUUGGUUGUUGUUGUUCGACCGGAAGGAAGAGAGACGAGAAAGAGAAGGGUCGCCGCCCUUUUCUUGUUGCUGGAGGAUCACCCACCUCUGGUUCGUUGGUUCACUUGUGUUCUUCAAUUGAUUUACAAGUUUGCUGAUUCACUUUUGUUCUUCGCUAACCUUCUCCAACGCGAUCAUGAAAGGGUCAAAAUCGUCUUUCCAUUUGCAAUGAUAAGGAAAUGGGUUUCUGAUUUCACCGGAGAAGAAGAAUCAACGACCACCACCACAUCCUCUUCCCCUCCUUACCUGCUUCGAUCGGAGCAACAGCCCCGCCCCACUGCUUCUCCUUUUGUUCUUCAGUCUAGUCACUCAUCGGAGAUCGAUACCUCCUCCCAUCACUUUCUUUCUCUUCUGUUCUCAUUGAUCAAGGCCUAUGAAGAUUCGACUUCAUCGUUGAUUUCUUUGCCCCAUCGGAACCCCUCCUGCCCUCUGAUCGAACCUCUAGCACAUCUCCCCUUCUACGGUAUCCCAAAGCCUCUGAAACCCCGCUGA